AUGGCCUCCCCUCGCUCCGCACUUUUGCUCAUCGACAUCCAGCAGGGCUUCUCGCACCCGACACACUGGGGAACACAACGCUCAACACCGAAGUUUGAACAGAACGUAGCUGCUCUGUUGGCGACUUUCCGUGCCACUCCAGGUGCCCAUGUCCUACAUGUCUGUCAUCAUUCUACCUUCCCCGGCUCUCCUUUGCACCCAUCCAAGCCCGGUUCCGACUUCAUGCCAUAUGCACAACCUAUCAAUGGGGAGCGUGUCUUUUCAAAGACCACCAACUCGCCAUUUGUCGAGACAGAUCUCGCAGAGGUCCUGCAGAAACUCGACUUGCAACGUCUAGUAGUCAUAGGACUGAUGACGGCGCAUUGUGUGAGCACGACACUCCGGGCCGCAUCUAACUUACGGGUGGUCAACCAUGGCUAUGGAUGCAUAGUAAAGGAUGGCAGCGAGCCCCAGGCCGAGAUUAUCCUUGUGCAGGAUGCCACUGCCACCUUCAACGUGGACUUUGAGGGGAGAAAUUACGAGGCCGAAGCUGUCCAUGAAAUUCAUCUUGCUACAAUGAAGGACGAGUUCUGCGACCUUGCCACCACCGACCAGGUCAUUCUCAAAAUGCAGGCCUCUCAAUCUGAAAGUGGGGUAAAGAGUGCUGUCAAGCAUUCGUUGGUGGGCAGGACAAAUCAAAUCAGCAGGAAAGCGAUCAAUUCAAGCCGUCUAUAA